AUGUCACUGUUCGGCAAUGAUAUUUCUUCUGUUGCCAUGGAUGUGGAGUUCCAGACGAAAGACCGACUCAGGUUUAAGAUUUAUGAUCCUAAUAGCCAACGAUUUGAAGUUCCACUCAAGAUUGAGUCUCCAUCCACUGCUGCUGCUGACACCAGCUAUGACAUCGAGUUUAUAAAUCAUCCCUCCUUUCAGUUUAAAAUCAUAAGGAAAAGCACAGGAACAGUGCUGUGGGACACAUCACUUGGAGAUUUAAUUUUUUCCAGACAGUAUCUGCAGAUUACCACCAUUGUGCCAUCCACCUCUGUUUAUGGAUUUGGUGAACAUGAACAUCCAUCCUUUAAGCACAAUAUGAAUUUUGUUAAUUAUGCAAUGUUUUCCAGAGACCAGCCACCAACGCCAUUUACCAAUCUUUAUGGAGUUCAUCCUUUUUAUAUGUGUAUUGAGAAUGACUCAAAUGCUCACGGUAUCCUCUUACUGAACUCCAAUGCACAAGAUAUUACUCUGAGUCCAAAUCCAUCUUUAACCUUCCGCACCAUUGGAGGGAUCCUCGACUUCUAUGUAUUUCUUGGCCCAACUCCUGAAUAUGUAGUACAGCAAUACACAGAGGCCAUUGGACGCCCACAUUUUCCUUCCUAUUGGUCUCUGGGAUUUCAGCUGUCCCGUUUUGGGUAUGACAGCCUUGAUGUGGUAAAGAAAACAGUUAAUCGCAUGCGGCAGUAUGGUAUUCCAUAUGAUGUCCAGUAUGGUGAUAUCGACUACAUGGAUCGUCGUUUGGACUUCACCUAUGAUAAAGAAAACUAUGCAGGUCUGCCAGAAUACAUUCAACAGCUGAAAAAAGAUGGAAUGCACUAUGUCAUUAUUCUGGAUCCUUUCCUAAGUAAGGAUGAAGCACCAGGUACUUAUUGGCCCUAUGAACUUGGACAAGAAAUGGGAAUCUGGGUGAACAAUUCUGAUGGAGUAACUCCAGCUGUUGGCAAGGCAUGGCCCCCAGGAGAUUCGGUGUUUCCUGACUACACUAACCCCAGGACAGCUGACUGGUGGAUCCAGAUGUGUAUUGAGUUCAAAACUGUCCUUGACUAUGACGGACUCUGGAUUGAUAUGAAUGAACCAGCCAAUUUUGGAACUGGCCAGUACCCAGGCUGUGCUCUUAAUGACCUCAACUACCCUCCUUAUGUUCCUAGAAUUAUCGAUUACUCUCUGGCUCAGAAGACAUUAUGUCCAGACUCAAAAACUUAUCUGGGGGAUCAUUAUAAUACACAUUCUCUCUUUGGCUGGUCACAGACACCACCAACUUUUGUUGCUGUUCAGAAGGCCACUGGAAAGCGAGCAUUCGUUCUGAGUCGUUCUACAUUUGUCGGAAGUGGGAAAUAUUCCGGUCACUGGCUAGGUGACAACUUUUCACGCUGGAAAGAUAUGCACAUGUCAAUAAUUGGAAUGUUGGAAUUUAAUCUCUUUGGGAUUCCAUAUAUUGGUGCUGAUAUCUGUGGGUUUCUCCUUGAUACAACUUAUGAACUCUGCUUACGAUGGAUGCAACUUGGUUCAUUUUAUCCUUUCUCCAGAAAUCAUAAUGGAGAGGGCCAGAUGCUCUUAUCUCAGCUAGAAAGAAAUAUCAUGUUGUUUCUAGCUGCUGAAAGGUCGAAGGAGCAAGACCCUGCAGUGUUUGGAGCAGAAUUUGCUGAGAUAGCUCGGUCUACACUAUUGAUUAGAUACACGCUGUUGCCUUAUUUGUACACCUUAUUCUUUGACUCUCAUGUCCAUGGAAGCACAGUGGUGCGAGGAUUAAUGCAUGAAUUUACUUCUGAUCAGCAGACUCAUGGAAUAGAUACAGCUUUCCUUUGGGGACCAGCUUUUAUGAUUGCUCCAGUUCUUCAAGAGGGAGCAAGAUUGGUGGAUGUGUAUUUCCCUGAAGCAUCCUGGUUUGACUACUAUACAGGUGAUGAAGUGCCAGCUUCCUGGCACAGAAAAUAUGUUAGUGUUGAUGCCCCAUUGGACAAGAUCCCACUCUUUCUCCGUGGAGGUUACAUUCUGCCAACCCAAGCGCCGGCCACAACUACUACUCUGAGCCGUCUGAACCCAUUUGGACUUAUAAUUGCUCUGGAUAAACAAGGAGAAGCCUCUGGAUCCCUCUUCUGGGAUGAUGGUGAUUCUAUUGAUUCUAUCGAAAAGGAAGUCUAUUUCUUGGCCAAAUAUACAUUCAGUGAAGGCCAAAUGAGGACAAAGAUUGUUAAAAAUGGCUACCGUGGAGUUGAUUCUCUGAUAUACAACACAGUUCAGGUUCUUGGUGUGACUUCAAGACCUAAUGCUUUUGUUUUGAACGGAAAUGUCAUCCGUGGCGAGGACUUACAGUAUCAGGAAAAUGGGAAACUCACCCUACAGAUUUCUUUACCACUUACUGAGGAGCUGAACAUUAUACUUCAGUAG